GUUUGUGUUUAUGCUUCGUCGUGUUAACAUUGCAUUAAAUGUCUCCGUUUAAAUUAUCGGGUCGUUUCAUUUAAUAUUUCAAUCUUGUGCAACAAUGUUAAAGAUGAAAUCGUGAUAAAGAAAGGAAGAAAUGGUGCGCAAAGUUUUUAUUUUGCAUUAACGUGAAGAAUUAUAUUAUAUAGACGAAGCGCAACUUGAUUUAUAAGAUAACACGUAUAGAUCUUAUCAUUAUUAUAAGUCUCUCUGAAAAGUUCUUUCAUCUAUGAGGAAAACUUUUUUGUUUUUGUUUUUUUUUUAAUCGCAAAAAUUUUAAUUUGAGCUGAGAAGUAACCGUAAACUUAUCAGUUAUCAUAUAUAUCUGCACAUCUAAUAAAGCAAAAAGUAUAAUUUACGUUGUUUAUGCCAUCAGUGAGUUAAAUUUAAGCGUACGAUCUAAAAUCCUUAAAAAAAAAUGAUACCCAAACUUAUAACGCUAUUGCACACGGUGCUAAGUGCAUUGUUGCAAUCCACUUUAGCCUUACAUACAAAUAAUGCGGCAAAUUUUGAACUGAUUGAUAACGAUUCACGUUUCAUUUCAUACCAGGAUCUCAUGGUUACUGCGAAACGAUUCAAUGAACCUGACGUCACAUCGUAUUCGGAAAUGUUAUUCGAUGUAGCCAGAAAUCAGUUACUAGUUGGUGCUAGAGAUACCUUGUAUCGCAUGUCCUUCGAUUUAGAAGUGCUCGAACGUGCUGUUUGGGAGGCUGAGCCAUCGCAAAUAUCUAUGUGCCAGGCAAAAGGCCAAUCAGAGCAUUUAUGUCGUAAUUAUAUUCGCGUUUUACAAACAUACAGUGAGAAUAAAUUGUAUGCGUGUGGGACGAAUGCUUUCAAUCCCAAUUGCACUUUAUUGCAGAUGGAAAAUUUGCAAAUCACUGGCUACGAGAGCGGCGUGGGAAAAUGUCCAUUUAAUCCGCAAUCGAACAUAACCAGUUUAAUGACACAAAAUGGCAAAAUAUUUGUGGGGACAGCGACCGACUUCUCAGGUAGUGAUGCUGCCAUCCUCAGAUCCGCAGUGCAGCAAUACAACAAUUCUAUAAUACGAACGAAACAAUCUAAUAACAAUUGGCUGAAUAAUCCUCAAUUUGUUGGGAGCUUCGAGGCCGGAGAGUUUGUUUAUUUUCUUUUUCGCGAGACAGCUGUCGAGUAUAUGAACUGCGGCAAGGUGAUUUAUUCUCGAAUUGCUCGGGUUUGUAAAAAUGAUGCUGGCGGUGAACACAUUUUGCGCGAUAACUGGACAUCGUUUCUGAAGGCUCGCUUGAAUUGUUCCUUGCCGGGUGAAUACCCUUUUUACUUUAAUGAGAUUCAGGAUAUGAUCUAUUCGCAAGACGACAAUAUUUUGUACGCGACGUUUACGACACCAGAUAAUAGCAUUCAUGGCUCGGCCGUUUGCGCAUACAAUGUAACAGCCAUCAAUGAUGCCUUUGCAGGCCUCUUCAAGUAUCAAGAAAAUAUUGAGUCACCCUGGAAAACGGUUCGCAGCCACGAUAACACUCAAUUUCGUUGCGAAGGCCGACUGACGCAAAAGCAUUUAUUAGAAUCAUCAAAAUAUCAACUUGUCGAUCGCGCCGUCCAGCCGAUAACCAACAAACCAUUAUAUUACUCGAAAAUGGAAAGAUUCUCACACAUUGCAGUAGAUACGGUUCAUACAAAAACCGAGAAAGUCAAUAUCUUAUAUUUAGUCACCGAUCCGAAUGUCAUUAAGAAAUUAUCAAUCAAAGUUGAUUCGGCACGAGGUAGUGAGGCACAAGCUUGCUUAGUGGAGGUUUGGAAUACGGAAAAUCAUAAGAUAUUAAAUAUGGAGUAUUUGAAAGUCACAGACUCUUUAUAUGUGGGAGCAGAAGAGAGCUUGAUUAGGAUACCCGCACAGCAUUGCAGCAGACAUGUAUCACAGAUAUCAUGCUUGAAUGCCAUGGAUCCAUACUGCGGUUGGAAUGUGUUAUUGGAACGUUGCACACCGCAAGAGUUGUCGAUAGAUUUAACUAAAUACUGGAUUCAGCCAGAUCUCUUAAAAUGCCCAGUGCUAACAGCUCCUAUUGACGGAGCUUGGUCUACCUGGUCUGACUGGUAUGAAUGCAAAAAACAUGGAGAGGACGACGGGGAAUGCAGGUGUCGUACAAGGCAAUGCAAUAAUCCCAAACCACAAAACGGAGGCGUCGAUUGCGAAGGCAUAACUACGGAGGUUACAAAUUGUACUGUGCAUGGUGGCUGGACAGAAUGGUCAGCUUGGUCGGCUUGCUCGCACACCUGUGGUAUAGCAGUAAAAACUAGAAGACGUUCAUGUGGCAACCCUAAACCUGCGUUUGGCGGACGAACUUGCGUGGGUCCCGAAAGGGCAGAAAUGUAUUGCAGCCAUUUGCCACCGUGCCCCGCCCCGAAACCCGUUGCUGUUGAUGGCGGCUGGGGUCCGUGGGGUGAAUGGAGUGAAUGCAGUGCUUUGUGUGGCGGAGGUUUUCGUAUACGCAGACGUGAAUGCAACGACCCCCGGCCACAAAACGGCGGCAUGGAAUGUCCCGGAUGUAAUAUAGAUUACGAAGAUUGCAAUAUGCAUUCUUGCCCGGAAAUUAGAAAGCUGAGCAGUUGGACACCUUGGUUAGUUCAUUACAACAAAAGUCAAGAUCUUGAAGCUACUGAUACAAUUUACACGGAAAAGCGUUUUCGUUUUGUUUGCCGUGCCAUUAGUCCAGAUCCCAGCUCAAUACAUAUUAGCUUAGCUAAAACCGAAAAUCGAAUAUGUCGGGAAGGUGUAUGUCAACGACAUAAUGAUAUAAACGCUCUGGAGGAAAUCGAACAUGCCGAAUGGGGCGCAUGCAACGUUUCAUGUGGCGGUGGUGUACAAUAUCGUCACUUUGGCGAAAAUAAACAUCGUGGACGUCAUGUGCAAAGUCGAGCCUGCAAUAUGCAUCCUUGUCCGGAAUUAAGCAGCUUCAAUGAAGUUAUUUCGAUACAUGAAUGGAGCUGCUGGAGCGAUUGGUCGUCAUGUUCCGUCACUUGUGGGGUAGGUUUACGCAGACGUACGCGCAAAUGCUUAGGUGGCCACGACAAACUUUGUCAUGGACGUUCACUGGAGGAAGAGAAAUGUGAAAAGAAACCUUGUGAAGACUUUAUAGGCUGGAGUAUUUGGUCAGAAUGGUCGGAUUGUACUAGUGAUGGUAUACGUUUCCGUCACCGUAAAUGUUUGAUUGAUAAUCCCAAUGUCAACGAAUGCCGUGGUGAGGAAUUUGAGAAAACAGCCUGUGUGCCAGGAUUAUGUGAAGGUACACAAGUGGCCUCGACCGCUACAUUGGGAUCAGUAAUCGCUGUAGUUAUAUUAUUAUAUGCGUUGACAAUUUUCAUGACCUUCUGGUUGACACGGAGACACUUUAUGCCGCCUGUAGCAUUGCUUAAAAAUAACACGCCCUCCCCGGUUAACUACGACAGUUACUCAAAUCAGUAUUCAAGUCUGCCGACAAAAGAUAUCUAUGAUGUACGGCCGAAAGUGAAACGACAAUCUAGUUUUAAUAUGUGCUCUUCACCUACAUCGAAAAAUUUUAAUGCCACCACAUUAAAUCGCAACAAUAUAAGCCAUAACCAUACACCAAAAGUUUUGGCUAAAACAUAUAACGACUGCGAGUCGGGAACACUGAAACGGAAUUCGCAUGCUUUAAAUAAUUAUCGUUCAAAUUUGGAUGACGAGAAAUUUUAGUGUUAGGUGAACAAAGGUGAACAAAUUCAAUUGAUCUUAUAAGCUUAUAAACAAGUCGGGAUAUUUUGAGGUACUUGAAAACUGCUUUUAAACCCAGAAUCAGUUCAAAAUACUUAAACAAGCAAUAAGAGGUUUUCGAAGAAUAUAAGCUAAACAUUUUAAGAGAGAGAGAGAGAGAGAGAGAGAGAGAGAGAGAGAAAGAGAGGAAAAAGUCUAUAAUCUUCUUAAGUCUAGCCAGAUUGAGAAAAUAGAAAUCACGACUAAAAUCAAUACACGAGUGCAGCUCAUUUGAGCUUAGUGUGCGAAGCCUGAAAUACAGAUACGACUGGAAUACAGAUAUACGAUUAAACGCAGAACAAUAUUUCAUUCGUCAUGCCCAAUAUCAUAAUUGGUCGUAACAGCAGUGUGAGACAGUGAAAUAUAAUACAAGCGGUAUAUAACACGGAAAUGCUUGAAAAUUCAUUCUUUUUUUGCGAGAAAUUUUGAGAAACUUUUCUUAAAUAGUUUUGCUUAAGCUACUUUUAACCUUAUAUAUAAUACAUAGCAAUUUCUAUAUGCAUUUAUGUAUUAGAAAAAAAAAAAAAGGUAUUUUAUUUUACUGUGCCAUUAAUUUUUUAAGCCAACGAAAAUGUGUGCGGCUUCUAUAGCCCUGAUCCUAAAAUUCUAAAUAAAUUGCUUAAGAUAAUUAUUAUUAUUAUUAUUUUUUUUUUUUUGUUUUUUAAAGCGGAAUGCGAUUUUAAGUAACUGACUCAUAUUGAGUUUACUUAAGUAGAUUAGUGUAAAACUAUCUUAUAUAUAUUAAGUACUUUUAAAGAUGUAUAUUAAACAAUAAUAGUUUUAGAAAAACGUUCGACUAUAAUAUGUAAAAAGUAAAAAAGAAAAUCAAUUAUCAAUGAGAAAGGAAGACAAAUUUCAAGACUGAAAGUAAUUGAAAAUGAAUUUUAUCGACGCCAUUAAAAUCAUAAAAUGAUAAAAUCUAACAACGAACUCCGCCUAAAAAGGGCUUAUAAGUGCAUAAAUAUGAUCAAUUAUAUCAAAAAUUGUUUUACUAUCUGUGGUGUUUGAUAAAACUGCGAAAGUCUUUCAAUAGCAACGAUUAUCAAUAAAUUAUUGUUUUUUCAAUAAAAUAUUUAACAAUUUCAUAUUCAAUUACUUCACUCAAUUGUUGUUUUAUAAUGAAAUAAAUAUGGAACUGAAUCGCCUGCAAAAUGCAUAAUAAAGUUGUCAUCAUGGCUUUUGCGCCAAACUUAUAUAAAAGCUUGUAAAGGCGCGAAACGAGAUUGAAAAGUCGCGAAAGUCAUUGUAACAGAUUAGAAAAGCCAUGGUUUAAAUAUACUUUU